UAUUUGCGCUUCCUGAAAAUAGCUCUCAGCGUCAUGCUCAGCGUCAUUAAAGGUGACCUGUGUAUGCACCUUUUUUCAAAAAAAUGUACAGGCAAGAAAUAUAGAUGUCGGAUGUUACGACGAGCAAGAAGCGGGCUUUUGGCAGUUGAGGGCUCGUUCUUGGACGAAAAUAGGCUCUCUUUGUGUUCGACAAAAGGCGGUCAGCGACAGAGCACAAGGUGCAUUUUGAGAGGUGAUAGAAGAGCGUUUUUCAGCGAGUUUGGCAGCAAAGAAAAUGGGCCGCAAAAUGAAGGGUGGGCGGGCGAGGUGAGCGAGGGCUGCCGUAUAGAGGAGAACGAUAAUGCGCAAAAUACGAAUAAUGAAAUUUUUUGCGAAGAAGGUGGCACUGUGUUUGAGAAAGAUGAUUGUGAAGAUGAGCUAAUAUUGGGUGACUUUGUCAAAAAUGUUUAUCUAGGCAAGCCAAUGGGAAUAGCUUGGGAUGCAGCUAUCGAAGACUUAAUAAAUAAAUUAAUGUACCGCGCUAAAGAAAGGAGUGUGUCUAGUUUAGAAAACCUGCUGGAUUCAUACCUCGGUGAGAUUCCGGACUUGGAAACAAAAAAAAUCUUAAGGGGUCGAUUAGUAUGGAAACUCUUAAGGUGUCGUGGCUUGAUCCGCCAACCAGCUGAAGAUGUUCUGUGGGUUACUACACACAUGCUAAUAUACAUGCACAGGCGCUACGAUUCGCCAGGAUAUUGUUGGGGCAUAUACAUAGAGGCUUUGAACAAAUGCAAACUUUUUAUCAAGGCAGAAAGUGUGUAUCAAAUUGCCAAGUCGUUUUCGCUCGAAGAUCCGAGAUUUUCGAGUGACAUGGCUUUUAUUCAAUCUGCGAGGUUAUCUGGUAUUAUUCAGGCGUUUAUGUAUCACGCGGUCCCGAGUGCCAUGGAAGAAAUGAAGAGUGUGUGCGGUACUGAUCUGACUGGAUGGGCCUUCAACCGAAUAUUAAACUGUUCCAGUCUUUUGCAUUUGAGACAGAUUCACUACUUGCCUCAUUGGAUUGGCUCGGAAGAUAAGGAGUACACUCUACCGAUCAAGCUCAGGCACUAUGUCGUACUUAUGGCCAACAUCGGGCAAAUAUCUAACGCCAGAAGUUUAUGGGUCAGCGAAUACAGCAAACGAGUAAAUGACAUGUCUCUGGGCGCGUCACAUGUGGAAAUUCAAUACUUAACUUUAGGCAUACAAGUCCUCGGACGAGCACCUCAACUAUACCCUCCUUAUGAUCAAAUCUUGAGAAUACUGAUCGACAGAAUCAAAUGGCUGCUGAGCCAAAACUCACAGGACUCAGUGCACGUACAUGGGCUCGUGAAUCAUCUGUGUAGAGCAAGGAUGUCCGAUUACAUAGAAGAAUUGGCACAAUGUCUGUUAAAUUAUUCUGAAUCAAAAAAAUUUUUAUCUCCACUUUGCCAUUACUAUGCAUUGGUAGGCAACGAGGAAAAAUAUCUCUAUUGGCUAUCGAUGAGAGGUGACUCGUCUUCCCUACGUUAUGACGCUAUUGAUUUAUACAAUUCCGUCCUAUUAGAUUCUCAUUGCAAGAGCUGUGCAGAACUCUUGAAAAAGAUCGAUCAUCAUCGCCUUUUGUUCCCAAUGCAAUACACUUUCAACAUAAACACAAUUCUGGCCAAGCGCGUCAACGCCAAAAAGGACGGUUUAACGAUUCAAGAGUACAAAAAAAUCAUGUACAAGCUUUCACGGCCUGAGUGUAUUAGAUUGUCGGACAUUUAUCAUCAACAAAAGUAUAUGCUCGAUUUGGUUAUCCCUGGCCUGUACGCGGAGGCCGAAGAAUUUGUCUUUAGUCCGUUCCGUGAACGCGCCAAAAAGAGAGAUGUUCUGUUCGGAUUCUUGUCCUAUUUUUAUGCCGUAAAUGGCAUGCAUCGACAUCUCAUCAAUUUUUUGAAAAGAGCAUUUAAAGUCUUUAGUGUUCGAAACGUCUUCUGUAUCAUAGGCAACGAAAAGUCAGUUCUCAUCUUCGAGGCUCUGAAGCAUGACCCAGACAUGAUUCUGACAAUUUGGCCUUUAUUCACCUGCAAGAGCGCUUGCAGGACUGAACUAUUUUCCUUGUUGCUAGACGUAGCUAUUGCUAAGAACCUACCUUACAUGGUCGAAAAUUUGUGGUACACAGCUGAGCUACCAGGAAGAUGCGAUAAUGUCGCGAAAAUGAUAGAUGACCUAGGAAGAGCAAUUAAAAUUUUGAAGCGCUACAGCAGAUUUGCUCAUUUAGCGGAGAGGAUUGAACACAUACGACGGCUGAUGCAAGAAGAGCGCCGAAAAAGUAUCAACACACCAGUUCAGUGAUACUUAUCAAGAAUGCUCGUAAGCCGUCAACAAAGCAAGAUAAAAAUGAAAAUUGUACAAUUUUGAAUGUAAAGAUAAAGAGUCGAGGACCCUUGUAAAAAAA